CAGCAUGUCAUUUAUACAGCCAGGCACUAGGGGGCUGUAGUCACCGCAGCUCUUGUUUAAAUCGAGGCGCUCUUUACUCUUGUUUGGUAUUGUCUCUCAGGAUGCAAAAGUUAACAGUGAAAUAACAACCUUGGUCUUUGUGCAUAUUUUUGCGUGGAGAAAAUUGAACUAAACGCUACACAAACGUAUCCCAGAAACGGGUGAUUUUUGAGCUAUUUAUCAAGGGAAAAGCGCCCAUAUUUCAAAGCACGGAGAAAAGUGCACACAUAUUAGCUAGCACGCGAGCUAGCAAGCGUUUAGCGAAUUGUGUUGUCUCUUUUUCGCCUCAAGUGCACGUCUACCCGCAUACCUGGACUAUUUCAAGGAUACUGAUUUUUGAACUUUUUCAUUUUUUUUUUUAAAUCUCGUACUUACGCACUGAUAACAACACGAGCAGCAGUCGCGUGCUAGCGACAGUUAAUCGUGAGGCCUGUUGUGUGUUGUCUAUUAAAAAUGCCGAUUGACAUCUUCCUCCGAGUGUGUUUAAUCGCAAAAGAGCAUCUUUUUGCAUUUUGAGGUAAUCUGGAUCCUACACAUGAGAUGUAGGGGUUGAACUUAACCAUAGACUGACUAUAAGCUAUAUCAAGUAUACAACCGCUUGUUUGUACUGUUCAGAUUGAUCAUCUCUGGAGCAACGACCAUAUCAAGUGAAUCUUUGACAUGUUUACAGGCAUAAAACUCAAACCGUCAUCCCUGCUUGUGAGUCAUGUCAUCUUGCACUCUUUGUCUGUGGCGUUGGGUGAAGCCUGGUUAAGUGUUUUCUCACAGUUAUUCCUCGUUGGGAGUCAGCAGCUUCGCUCCCUAUAGCUGAUCGGCCCGCUCCUCUCGGUUUGUUUAUAGACUACAGUCGCCGAAAUGAAUCCGAUAAACGCCACCUCUCUGUACGUGUCGGCAUGUCGCUCUCUAAUGCAGUGCGAUCCACAAAACCCCGAAACGUGUGCAGAAUUGUUCAACGUCCUGGCCUUUUUUAGAGAUUCACUUUCCUGCCUGGUGUGCGGGAAUUUGCUUCAGGAUCCAAUUGCUCCCAAAAAUUCAUUCUGCCAGCAUUAUGUUUGCGAGGGCUGUAGAGGUAAAAAGAUGUCACUUAAGCCAUCGUGCAGCUGGUGUAAAGACUGGGAUCAAUUUGAGGAGAAUAAACAGCUUCAGAUCCUGACGGACUGCUAUAGGAGUCUUUGUGAGUACGUCUCUGUGUGCAUCACGACUGAGCAGGGCACCUCGGGGGUCAAAGGUUAUCCCGAGGUGAAGAAAUUGUUGGAAGAAGUGUUAGGCGUGAAGGAGGAAGAGGAAGAGUCCAGCGUUUUUGAUGCGCAGAGCCCUGCGAGAGACACUUUGGAUGCUCCUCACAUUAAAACGGAGGCGAGUUCCCCAGAAUGUACUGCUGACGUUGAAGAGUCUGGCUCUGAUGAUGUAACGGACAAACUGUUGACACAAACUGAAUUAGAGACGCACGAGCCAGCCAUUGUCAAUGUGAAUGAACCUUUAAAUACUACAGAACUAGAGACAGAUGCUGUUAAUGUCACAAACAGCAAUGUAGGUCAGGUGAGCGGCACUAAGCUACCCUGUGCUAGGAACACAAGUGUCGUGGAGAACCUCGAAUCGGAGUCUGUGAGCAGGGACCACUGCAAUGCUCAACAGCACAUGCCUGGAGUAUCAUGUGGACAGAAUAAUACGGCAACAGAGCCAUGUCAGCAGUCAUCAGCCGGUGCACUUGCAUCAGGCCAACCUCAGACGGGUAUGACAUGUCUCGCCGCACCCCACAGAAAAGUGAGAGUGAGCCGAAAACGCUCUCGCUCGGAGAGUGACAGCGAGAUGCUCCAGCCUCUGCCCAUCGCCAGCCUCAUGCAGGGUCCGUCGGUGGCGCCCACAACACCUCCAAAGGCACCGUGCGAACAUAUAGCUCCCUCGUCACCUACUGCUGUGGUCACUAACGGAGGUAUCCUAAAGGUCAACAAGGCCAUGUUGGAUUUAACGAAAAACAUACAGGUAAACACAGAUGCGGGUAAUAAGAAAGUUCAGCCUAAGAGUAAAGUUGCGGUAACCAAGUCAAAGGGCAAGACGAAGGACCGGAUGCUCCCCGCUAGCAUGUUAGCGGGACAGCCCACCAAAGUGGUAUACAAAAAGACACAAGAAAAGAAAGGAUGUAAGUGUGGAAGAGCAACUCAGAAUCCAAGUGUUCUUACCUGUAGGGGACAACGGUGCCCUUGCUACUCCAACCGAAAGGCCUGUUUGGACUGCAUCUGCAGGGGCUGUCAAAACUCAUACAUGGCAAACGGUGAGAAGAAGCUGGAGGCUUUUGCCGUGCCGGAAAAAGCCCUGGAGCAGACGAGGCUCACGCUGGGUAUCAACCUCACCAGUAUUUCAGUUCGAAAUGCUGGCUCCAACGCUGGGGUUCUCAGCCUUUCUGCAGGCUCCCCCAUGGCCUCUUUUCUCGCUUCAAGUGCUGAUGAGGACCAGAAUUUCGAAGAUGCUCUCGAAAUGCAUUUUGACUGUUGAUAGCUGUCCUGCUACUGAUAUCACUCGCUCACGAGAGGGUGGUGACUUUAAGGCAGCAAUGGUUGAUUCCCAGUUUAGUCUGACAUAAAUUGUUUACCAAAAUUCUUGUCUGUAAUUUUCACAUUUGACACACAACACACACUGCUGUAAUGAAAAGUUACUGUGAAGCUAAGUGUUAUGGCAUUUUUAUUUGUUGGUUUUAUUUUGAAGGAACUGCACGCUUCUCUUUGUGACAUGAACAGAACUUAAAAUCCGAUGAAAUCUUUUUAAGUCAUGUUAACGAUGACCCGAAACUUAAAAGAAGUUUUUGUUUCAUAAAUUCCACAAUGCAGUUUUUGUCAGCUAACAUUUUCACCCGAAAAACUGUCCCACAACAACUGUUUAACAUGCUGAAAUUUGUUUACAUUCUGCUGUGACGUUUUGUCAUGGUGAUUUAAGCUUAUUGUUAAAUAUAUAUAUAUAUGAUGCUUCAAAAUAUUAAUUGAGGGUAAUAUUAUACACAUCUAUACAUUAUCUGUAUUGUCUGGUUAAAGUUCUCACAAAGGAACUCACAAAAUUUACUUUUGGUGAAAGACGUAGCACUUAGUCCCAAUAGUGUUAAUGGGUUUUAUAGACCUGUAGACUUGUACUGGUUGCCAUAGUGAUCAUUUCCUCAUCGUUUUCUCUACAACUCAUUUGUAGGACUGUUUGGACUGGGAUAGUGAGGAAAUUGAGUUAAUAUAGCCCUCUUUUAAAAAUGAAUGCUAUAAAGAAGAUGGUUAAUGUUGCCCAGAUGAUUGUGUUCACAUUUGACGUCUUUUAGCAUGUAGUGUUGUUUUUUAUUUUUGUAGGGAUGGUAUUUCAAAAAUGGCAAAGUUCAUCAAGUAAUAGUAUUUCUACAUAUAUUGAUGUUUCUCGCCAGCAGAUUCAUUUCAUCUCCACUAUUGUUAAUUGUAUAGUUUUGACAGAGCUGGCUUGAACUGACAUGUCAACAGAUUGCCACAACGAUUUCUAAAACAAGUGAAUGUAAGUGUGUUCAGUGUUGCCUGCGAAUGUAUUCAUGGCAGUGAUAUUAUUUAAGCAAUAUGAGAGUCAAAAUUAUUGAUGAUAAACAACUAGCUUUUAUAUCCUUUACCCUGAAAAAAAAAAGGAGUCAACAUGUAUUUUAAGAUGUUUUUUUAAUUUAAACUUGCCUGAGCACCUUUUAGCACCCGUGGAUGCCUCAGACUUUAGUCGUGUCGUCUUGCAGUUGUGUUGUGAUUUCUGUUCUAGGGACCAGAACUAGAUGCAUACAUGUUGAGAAAGGUCAUAUUGUAACACUGCACCGUUUCAUGUCUUUUAUAAUGAAAUAUAGUAGGCAGUGGUUCAUCAGUAUCUUUAAAUAUGCUUGAAAACACUAUCAGUAGGGCUUUGACCAAAUAUUAAAAAAACCCUCUUAGUUAAGUCUUGGAUCUUAGUGGGAUAUUGUGUUGUAUUUUCAAAUCCUGUAGUUUGGUAGCGUUGUUUUAUCCUUCCUUUUGCUCUUCAAUGGUCAUUACUUGAACUCAGAUUUUAGUUUCUUGAUUUUGAAAUUUUGGAGAACCUCUUAUUAUUGCUGGUUUGUUCACUGCCACAUUUAUGAAAAUUGCAGAAAGCAACAAAAAUAAAUUAUAGUUUUUUAUUUCUUGUUUUUCAAAAAAGUGUCUUGUGUUGUGUCAUGUAUUGUGUUAUUUAUAUUCAAUGCAGAACUAAAAUUCUCAAAUAUUGGAAAGUUUUACUUGCGUUGCGGUAAACUCAGGUUUUAUCAUUUGGCCGCUAGGGGGCCACAUUGUAGUUUCUAUAUGCAAAUCAAAUCUUACAAAUUAAUGUAAGAUCAAUCAAUUCAGUUUGAAACUUGAGUUUAGUAAUAGGCAAUAUAAUACAGGAUCGCAAUUUUUUUUUUUUUGAAGAAAGUCCUGUAACCCAGUAUUAUUGUAUUACAAUAGUUGUGUUUGGUUAAAUAGCCUACAACAUUGUUCAGUAAUAUUAAUUUCCAGCUCUUGCAAGCAAAUAGUU